GGACAACUAGAUUCAGGAGAGGAUACCUUUUUGUACUUUUGACAGUGACGGUUUAAGAUAAUACAGAUGUAAUUUCGAUCCUAUUUUACAUUCAAAUUUCACAUCACAUCUUAGUUGGGUGUUAUUUGAGCAGAAAAAUUUUCAGAAUGAGUUCAGUUGAUCAUGAAAUUGAUAAACUUUCGAAAGAAACUCCUCAAUCUAGUGAUAAAAAUGAUAAUAAUCAAAACACCCCUGGAACAAACAAGAGUUCCAUGCAAUUGGCAGAAGAUAAAACACAAGAAUUGGAGACUAGUUACAGAAUAUUGACCGAAAUUGUCAAGCAAAAUAAAUCGACAUGUUGGCCUUUUAUGGAAAAGGUUGACAUAAAAGGACUUGGACUUUGGGAUUAUGAAAAAAAGAUUAAAGAGCCAAUGUGGCUUAAUAAAAUUAUAGAAAAAUUUGAAAGCAAACAAUAUUCUGGAAUUACUGAAUUUGCUAGAGAUUUUCGCACUAUGGUUGAAAAUUGUUAUCGGUAUAACGGCACUGAAAAUGCUAUCUCAAAAAGGGCAAAACGAAUUGAAAUGAUUUUUGAAGGAAAAAUAGCUCUUUUGAAAAAAGAACUUAAAGAUAAAGCUUCAAUUUUUAUCACAUCAAAAGGAAAGUUUGCAAUUGACAUGAAUGAUGAUAAUUUAGCGCCGGUCAGUCGUUAUGGACGUAUUGGAAACGCAAGAGAAUAUGCUUUUGGCUUCAACGACACCGAUGUAAAAUUGGUUUAUGAUUUUGUAAAAUGUGAGGAAACAGUACUAGGAGAAGAUGAUAAGAAGUCUAGUUAUCGUGAGAGACGUCAACAAGAGCUUUUGUAUCAGCGUAUCGCCGCAGCUUGGAUUAACACAAUAGAUGGACACGAGGAUGCAAAAUUAAUUCGUACAUCUCAUCUUCUGCCUGAGAUAGGAUUCUUUUUACAUUUUGCUGAAUCCGUUUUAAAGUUCCCAGAAUUAAAUAUGUAUUUAUUAGAAAGGUGUAUCAUAAUACCUGAAAAUUCUCUUUAUUUGGCAAAGAUUAUGACAUCACUUCUAUGCACUUAUCAAGAGAGAAGUCAAUUAAAUCAAAGACCUCCGAUGCAUUUCUCAACUUGGAAUAAACGAUUAAAUGAACGUUUAUCAAAAUGGUUUGAAAUAGUACAAAAAACGAAAUCGUACUUAAUUGCUUCUGAAAAACUUGGAAUCAGUAUAGAAUUUUUUGAGUCGAUGGAAUGGAAAAACCAACUUCAUUCUCUUGACAAAAUGAUAACUUUUACAGAAUUGAAAUUCGCUCAAAAGUUGCAAAUUUUAAAAGCGCUUUGCGACUCUUCAUCCUUGUUACAAAGUGUUCAAAAUGCUCUUCUAGCCAUGGAUUCACCUCAAUUACAAUGUAUGCAACUGGGUAAAGAUUAUCUUGGUAAUAUUUAUAUAUAUUUUCCUCAAUUUUGUGGCGAUGAUGUAAGAGUUUAUAGGCAUCGAGAAUUCGGGGAACCGGUUCCUAAGUACGGCCCGGAUGAGAUUUGGGUUCCAGAGAGACCUGUUUCAUCUAUCACAGACAUUGUAGCGAGUAGUGUUCCCAUGGAAAAUGAUACCUCAGAAGGGAGCACUAUUAAACAUGAAAAUUCGAAUGAAAUAGACAUUGAAAAAGAGAAUGAUAAUUCUGAAUUGGAUGAAUUAUCCAAGAAAAUUGUUUCUGAUAGUGUUCCCAUGAUAAAUGAUACCUCAGGAGGGAACACAUUUAAAAAUGGAAAAUCAAGUGAUGAAAUUCCAAAUGAAAUAGACAUUGAAAAUGAGAAUGUAAAGUCUAAAUUAGAUGAAUUAUCCGAGAAAAUUGUUUCUGAUAGUGUUCCCAUGAUAAAUAAAACAUCAGAGGGGGACCCCGUUGAAAAUGAAGGAUCGAACAUCAAAAAUUCAAAUGAUAUUGACAUCGAAAAGGAGAAUGAAAAUUCUGAAUUAUCCAAGGUAAUGGUUUCUGAGAGUAUGAACAAUAAAACGUCAGAGAAAGACUCUGUUGAAAACAAAGAAUCAAACAACGGACUCCAAAAUGAAAUGGACAUUGAAAAGGAAAGCGUGAAUUCUGAAUUAGAUGAAUUAUCUCAGAAAAAUGAAACCAUGUCUGAACCUAUUACCCAAGAAUCUGAAAAUUGCAUCAAAGAUGAAGUUCCUAAACUUUCGCCACACGAAGACAUAACAACAUCUGAAAAUUGUGAUACUGUGCCCAAAAAACAUAAAGAUGACAAUCUUUUUGAAGCUAUGGAAGUACUUAAUAAUGAUACAAGUGCAGAUUUGUCUCUGAAAAUAGAAAAUAAUUGCGAUGAGAUCCCUGUUACAAAAGCACCACUACCACAGUCAGCUCCAAUGCUAAACGGAUUGGAUUCUAUAACACCAUCAACUGAAGAGCAUUGCAAAGAGUUUGAGAGUAAUUAUCUUUCUGAAAAUUUGUUGGAAACUCAAAAUGAUUGUCAAAAAGAGAUUGGUAGCGUGACAGAUAAUGUUAAAGAAAUAGUAAAAGUAACAGAAAGUAUUGUUAGUGAUAAUUUGAAGUCUGAUACUGAAACUGAAAAUGUGCUUGAAAAUACUGAAGUUGAUGAUGAUAUAAAAGUUGAGAAUUUUUUUGAAGAAAAGAAAACUAGAUUGCGUAAAAAGAAUCCAAAGUAUUCUAAUCCUUGUCCAGUACUUGUGGAAAGACGAAGUCUACGUAAACGUACCUCAACUGUUGAAAGGCUGGAAAUAACUACAACUCCUGUUAAAAGACAGAAAGUCGCAAAAGGAAGAACACCAAAGAAAACGAAACAGGAAAGCCAGAAAAAAGUUCAGCCAGAAAAAUAUGGAAAUGUUGAUUUUGAGAUGCUUUGUGAUAAUGUUGACGCUAUUCAGUUGCUUAUAAAUGAUUUAGAAGCGCAACAGACCGAAGAAAAAUUAUCUGUUUACGGCAAAACUGCUUUUCAGAUACACAAACAACUCAUCAAUAAACUAAGAUGGUUGUAUGAAGAAUUAGAACCUUGGAAUAUCCGUUUGCAAAAAGCUCGAUUACAGGCACAAGUACAAAUGAAACGAGAACAUGAUCAGAUUCAAAAUGCUGCAAAUAAAAUUGAUCAUUGGUCGGAGGAGCUGACUAAUAAAAACACAUACACAUUCGGAGAUAAUGUUACUAUUUCACACAUGGCAGUUGAUUCGCCGAUGUCGAGUGUUGCGAGUUUCGAUGACGGAUCCGGGGAUGAGGAUUAUACUCAUUCUUAUUUUACGAGGAGAAACAAUUCGCCACCCCCCAGAAUUAUUGAUGAAUCAUUGUUCGAAAAUGAGAGACAAACCCUACUCACUGCUGCUUUAUUUGAAUUGGAAGAAAUUUUGAAAGAAAACUUAAAAGAAUUAUUAAAAAUCGCAGAUCGUACACAAUUGGAAGAAAACUCGAGCACGAAUGACAGACGUCAAACACGACAAAAAAUAAAACAACAAAAUAAAGUCCUCGGUAAAGUUUUAAAUUUCGCUGAAGAAAAUAUAAUUAACCGUCCUUCACUCUUGCCGAUCUUAAUACCUGAUGGCGACGUCUACGACAUUGUCGACAUGCUUUUGUUAAAAGAAGAAACGAGGCUAGAAGAAUUAGCGAAAGAACAACGUAGAAAGCGUCUCGAACGAGCUAUGAGAAGAGUACAUAAACCAGUUCCCGUUGUAAAAGAAAGGGAAGUUUUUGUUGAAAAAGUAAAGAAAGCCCCGGUUGAAAUCGUAAUGAAAGAAAGGAUGCCUUCUUUAGAGAGAAUCAAAACUUUAAAGAAACCGACUAUAAAAAUUGUCACAAAACCAAUAAUACCCGCAGCAUUACCAUCAAAUAUAUCAAUUAAGAUGCGAAAUGGAAACGUUUACGCAGCUACGAGAUUAAGCGACGGUAGGGUCGUUCCGAUUGCUCGAGGAUUUGACAACCCUUCAGCUGCUUCAACAGUCGACGAACUCGUCAAAAAAGUUUCAAAUACUGCUAGUAAAACAGUGGCAAACUACACAGUACCUCAUAUUUCACUCAGAGGUGCAAACUCGCCAAAUAAAGUACGAUUGGGAAGUAAAUCCUCUCCGAACAAAUCAAAUCAAUCCCAAACUUCGCAAUUUCAAUCUCCAUCCAAACCUACUCAUCUUUUUUCCAAUUACCAAAUGGUAAAUAUCCCAAUCAAUCAAUUAAGUACAAGCUCGCCACUAUUACAAAACCAGCCCAUUGUAAGAAUCGCAAAGCUGACGGAACUCCAAAAAUCUCCUCAAAAAGGAAAUGGAAAUUCCCUGAUCAAGAUCAAACAAAGCCCGAAGAAGAUAGUUGUUACCCAGCCCUUACGCCGACCAAUCAUUAAUUCAGUAACACAAUUGCAGCAGACCAGUGUAAGCUACCCAUUGCCAAUGUUAAUGGAUCAUAAUCAGAAUAAUCCGAUUCCAACCAGCCAGAAUAAUCCGGUUCCAACCAGCCAACAGGAUCGAUCAACUCAUUUUGACACAACACAAGAAAAUGCAGUUGUACCGAACCAGUCUGAACCGGUUCAAACCAGUAUGCCCCAGCAAGAUCUAGUUCCGGUUUCUCAAUUAGUGCAAACUAUGCAAAAGCCUAUAAUACUUAAUGGACCAAGAUAUAAUGUAGUAAACACAGUAAUGCCAUUGGCUAUGACACAACAGCCCCAAAUAUACAAUUCUGCUGACACACAAACAGUAUUUCUGACACAACCAUUGAGAUUUGGACAGCCAAUUUUAACCCCAAUUCAAAUUAUAACACCCAAUAUUAAGUUUCAGCCCCCAGUGGGGUCUAUGGACAUUGGCGAUAACCAGCAGAACAACAUGGUUUUCAUACCAAUUCAGAGUACCAGUACUGUGCCUACUCAAAUUACUGCCUCACCUGCUCAAGUUUUAAACAUUGUGUCCUCACCUCAAACUCAAGUUGAGAGAGAUCCAUCACAGCAAUUUUGAUAUAGUUUACUAGGAAAUUGUACAUUAUACUGCAAGUCUUAUUGUCUCGUUUACUUUUUGCUAUAAAUAUUUUGUUUCAGUUGUAGCAUUAGAGUUAUAAAUGAGAAUAACAUAAUCUUAUUCCUUGAAAUAGCGAGUAUAUGUUUUAAGCUUCCAUUAGAUCGUAGUCCUGGGGUAACGAAAAGCUAAUAAGACAGCUUAAUCAUGCGGUGAACCCCGACCUGUUGUCUGGUUUCCAGUCCAUGUCGAGUAUGGGAUUAGUUAGCCAGUUAUUUGUUUCAGAUGCAUUGGCUUGAUGAUGGAGAAAGCCAUAGCCGACCAGCUGUUACGUGACCCACUCCAUGGCGGGGGUGAUUCCAGCAAUCCCUUCGCACAUAAUUAACCCCCACAGAAUUUGAACCUGCGAACCCACGCAGGUUGAUCAGAGGUGCGGUAGCGAAUGUAUUCUUACUACUGAGCCGAGAGAAUAUGUUAUUCCUAAUUAUCAUUCCAAUAUGUGUUUUUAUGUAUGUCGUUCGCUUUUUUACUUUUCAUUAACAAUACUAUACUAAGAUAAUAAUUGAAUCAUAUUAUCACUAUUUCACCAAUAAAACGUGAUUGAUAUGUUUAUUGUCUGAACAGCUUUCCUUGGGUUGCAUUUGAAAAAGCACAUCUUCUGAAAAAUAUUCAAAAUUGUUAAAGAUUUUCUUUACUAACUUCUACUUGAUUUCAUUUAUGUUCUUCAUCUGCCAGUGAAUAUGUUGUUUUGUUUGUAGCUAAAUCUCUAUAUGAAUCGGUGUUCUGUUAUUUCAAAUCUCAUAUCGAUUUUAUUGUGUUCACUCUAACCAAGGCUCCUGACAAGAAGCCAGGUAUAUAGAACUACUGUUUCAGUAAUGUUGGACAUUUUUCUAUUUCCCAAUUGUUGCAAUCUAGAUCGGUUGAACCGUUGAUUUAACAAGGCUUGAGUAAAAUUUGAAUGAUUAAAUAAAUAAAGCAUUCCUUGUAAACAAAUGUGUAAAUUUUUUAGAUUCGCACAUGUCACAUUUAAUUUUAUAUUCCAAGAUUUCGUAUUGUACAUCAACGUUUUUACGAGAGGAUAGCAGGUAUAGUUGGUAAUGUAGGCCUAGUGGCUAAAGAUGCCAUGGUGCAAUGAGAAGUCGUAUUUGCUUAUUGUGCCGUGAAUGUUACUUUCUUAUGCUUUGCUGUUUAUAUGAUUGUUGUUAAUCAUUAAUUUUGGACCCUUUCUGAUACUGCUGCAUAACAUUUAUGAAUAGAAUUGUUUUUGCGUACAUGAGAGUAUGAAGCAGUUUUGUAUUUUUGUUGUGAAAUUUGAACAACAUUUUCUUCCUAUAUUUUAUUUUGUGUUUUGUUUAAAAUAUUAUUCCCAAACUACUUGAAAUAACAUCACUAUUUCCUAAUAUAGUAAUGGAAGUUUUUUGUCUGAUGUUCUUCAUGCCUUCAUUUGAAAAGCUGCUUUAUUUGGGGAGAAUCGGAAUUUCUCCAACAUGACCAUGAUUAGAAUGCAAAAAUUUCGAACAGCAAGACCCCAAAUUUAUGUUAGAUAAUCAGAUACUCGUUGUGUGCUGGUAUCUGGACGAGAGUACGUGGUUCACGUUAUUAUUAACUGCCUUACUGGCUUUCUGGGAUAUUUAAAAUCCUAUCCUUCAUUUUUAUUUCUUAUAUAUUUAGUCAAUUUUCUUUGUUUUGACUUGUUUGUACUUCAGAAUUUGUCUGAUGACUUUUUUAUGUUUUCAUUCAUUUCAUAAACUAGUAUGAAUUUUUCAAGUAGAAUAACUUUUUUUCAUUUUUGCUUUGUUAUUGUUUGAUAAUAAACUCUUUCAAUGAAUUUCUUUUUCAUAUAAG